AUGAACAACCUCUACGGUCCUUCCACUUCUCACCCCUUGAUCCAACAUUUAUCCGACAUGAGUAACUCUUGCGCCACCGUCAUGGAAAAAGUUGCCGGUGACGAAAUGAAGUCCUCUCAGGUUGAUGACAACAUCGAGAGCGGACGGGGUGAGAGCAUCCCCGUCCAGGAGCAGAAUGACCAACUUGAACGCGGCCUAAAGCCCCGCCAUGUCAACAUGUUUGCCAUCGCCGGCUCCCUUGGCACCGGCAUCAUCAUUGCCAUGGGGAAAGCACUGAGAGCAGGCGGGCCUGGCAACGUUCUUAUCGCUUUCGUCCUCAUGGGCGCUGCUACCUACUUCGUCAUGACGGCACUGGCUGAAAUGGCCGUCUUUGCUCCUCGCAAGAAGGGCUUCAGCGGGUAUGCUACGAGAUACAUGGAUCCUGCAUUAGGGUUCGCCACUGGGUGGAAUUACUUCCUGAAAUACUCUGCACUUCUGGCCAACAAUCUCACGGCUGCUGGCCUUAUUAUUUCCUACUGGCGGUCUGACAUCAACUUGGGUGUCUGGAUUGCAGUCUUUGGCGUCUGCAUUAUUGCUCUGAACUUUCUAAAAGUCGUCUGGUUCGGCGAGGUCGAGUUCUGGUUCGCUGUUGCCAAAGUCUUGGUACUCGUGACACUGAUCCUCACUUGCUUCACCAUCUCCCUUGGCGGCCAGCCAAGCGGCGAACGAAUCGGCUUCCGCUACUGGAGCGACCCCGGUGCGUUUGCCAAGUACAUCUAUGGGGGCAGUGCGGGAGCGUUCUGCGGCUUCUGGGUUUGCUUCAUCAACUCUGCUUUCCUGUACAUUGGCUUUGAGUCGGUGGCGAUCACAUUUGGCGAAAGCCGCAACCCCCGCAAGACGAUCCCUCGUGCCAUCCGACAGACAGCUUACCGCAUUCUCGUCUUCUACUUCGGCGGCCUUAUCAGUGUCUCUAUGGCUAUCCCUUACACGAGUGAGAAGCUGCUUGGUGCCACCAAGAGCAAGACUAGUGCGGCCGCUUCUCCCUUUGUCAUCGCCAUCCAGCAGGCUGGCAUCAAGUAUUUGCCAGGAAUCAUCAACGGCUGCUUGCUGCUAUUCGUAUUCUCUUUCUCCAACUCUGAUAUCUACCUGGCUUCUCGAACUCUGUACGGUCUGGCAAAGGAUGGCCAGGCUCCCAAGUUCUUCACCCGGACGACCAAGCACGGCGUGCCAUACUUCGCCGUCAUUGCCUCUUCCCUUUUCAUCAGUCUUGCCUUUUUGAACACUACCAAGGCGUCUUCCGUGGUCUUUGGCUACCUUAUCUCUCUGACUACGGUGCUUGGUGCUGUCAACUGGGCCAACAUCCUGCUUUCGUACUUCAACUUCCAUCGCGGUCUCAAAGCCCAGGGAUUUUCCAGGGGUGAUCUUCCUUGGCGGGGAAUCCUCCAACCAUACGGCGCCUACUACGCCGCCUUCACCACGUUCCUUGUCCUCGUCUUCAGUGGGUGGGAAGCGUUUGUGCCCAAAUUCGACCCUGUCAAGUUUGUGGUUGGGUAUGUCGGAAUCCUUGUUUGGAUUAUCAACAUUCUGGCAUUCAAAUACUGGAAGAAGACCAAGUAUGUCACGCCUUUGGCCAUGGAUCUCGAGACAGAUGUCCUGACUGUGGCUCAACUUGAUGCCGAGGAUGCUGCGGAGUCCAAGACGAAGUUGAUCUUCUUCCAACGAAUCAAGGGUGCUCUCUGGGGGCAGUGA